CAAGCCUAGGCUUCAUAUAUUGCACCACACCGAGACACAACUCCGCGACAGGGUAUUUAACACUACAGCUCAGAAACUGUUACACAAAUGAAUUGGGCUUGCAGCUUGACCUCGCGCAUGUCAUCGUGACCCUGGCUUAUCAUGCACCCAAGUACAAAGUUAGAGCCAUGUCCAGAGUUAACCGCCUCGAGAUGGUCCAAGCUCUUCUUCCUUUGGUCUUACGGAUUAGUAAAGAAGGCAAACGAAGAGACACUUACUGAAGACAAAGUUUGGGACAUCAACCCCAGAGAUAAGUGUUGCAAUGUGUGCCCAAGGUUUGAAAGACAGCUAGCAGCAGGAAGGUUGAAGCGAGACUCCCACAGAUGUGAUAAUGACACAUCGAGAAACAUCCAACCAACAUCAUCAUCUAACAUCACUUCCAGCGAGACUACCAGACACAGGAAAAAGAGAAAGAUUUCAGAAACUGAGACAAAAUUACCAGCCCACAAUGCUAACAACGAAAGGCAUUUUUAUGACUCACACGAAACGUCCUCGGGGAAGGGAGAAGAUCAUGUUGACUCAAGGGAGAGUAUCACAUGCUCAUCUCUGAAGGCUGCCAUACUGAAGACCUUCUGGAAACAGUUCUUCUGCGCGAUGGGGCUGAGGUUACUGCAGUAUUGUACAUUCUGGAUCACAAACCCACAUUUCAUGAUGUAAGAAAAUAGUAG